AUGUGCCCCUCCGCAGCCGCUUCCUCCGACCCUCCCGCCGUGCCUAGGACGACGGGCGAGGCGCCUUCCAACUUCCAGGCCGUCGACGCCCACGCCCCUUCCGCGCCCGAAGUCGCCGAGAAGCGACAGCAAGCAACGAAUGGCCCAGCCGCCGCGGCGGGGAUCGAGAUCAAGAAUCCGUACUCGAGUCGCUACGCCGACUUUUUGUCCAACGUCAGUCCACGCGCCGAUCCUUGGGUUCGCUUCUUGUCGUUGGAUUACACGUUGGGCUGUCUCUGGCACGAGGGGAUGGGGUCCUGUUCCGAACUGGACGGACAUAGGGCGUGGAUUAGAGCCGUGCGAGUGUCGCAGUGCACGCGAGCUCUGGACUCGGACGACGGGCCGCGGCGGAGCAAUCGGAGCGGGAACACGGCCGUUCUGUUGCACGAGCACAUGACUGACGUAUACCUUUUACGGUGCAUCGCGCAGACGUCCAACUGGAAGAUCAUCGAGUCGACAUUGCGAGGUGAGUACGCGAUUCCCGAGCUGCGAGCCGUGUGGCCCACGACGACGACGGCGAUGACGCCGACAGACGUCCUCCAUAAACCGAGUCAACGCGGUCAAUCGCACUCAAAACUCGGAAUUGCUGGAGCAUCACUAGCAAUCGGAAUCAGAAACCUGACAGCUUACUCCGUAACCCCUUCUUUCCGCGUUCCUACAGAGGGUGAACAGUUCGCCAACGCCUUCUUCGACACCGAGACCAAGAUGAAGAUCGCCCAGGCCCUGUCCGACUUUGGUGUCGAGUACAUCGAGAUCACCUCCCCCGCCGCGUCCGAACAGUCGCGCGCCGACUGCGUCAAGAUCUGCCAGAUGGGGCUCAAGUCCAAGAUCCUCACCCACAUCCGAUGCCACAUGGACGACGCCCGAAUCGCUGUCGAGACGGGUGAGCCGCCCGCCCGCUUCCUACAGGAGCCUCUCCACCGACAGACCAGAGCAACCUGCUGACGUGUACCGUGACUCCCCCUCAGGUGUCGAUGGUGUCGAUGUCGUCAUUGGCACUUCGUCCUUCUUGCGCAAGUACUCGCACGGCAAGGACAUCACCUACAUCAUCAAGUCCGCGAUCGAGGUGAUCGAGUUCGUCAAGAGCAAGGGCAUCGAGGUGCGCUUCUCCUCGGAGGACUCGUUCCGCUCCGACCUCGUCGACCUCCUUUCCAUCUACCGCGCUGUCGACAAGAUCGGCGUCAACCGUGUCGGUAUCGCCGAUACGGUCGGGUGCGCCAACCCUCGCCAGGUCUACGAUCUCGUCCGAACGCUUCGCGGCGUCGUCUCGUGCGACAUCGAGUGCCACUUCCACGAUGACUCGGGCUGCGGUGAGUAUGGAGAGAGCCAUUUGUUUCGUGCAAGUGGAUGUGGUUUGACUAAUUGGGCCAAAUUCGGAUAUUCUCCUCAUAGCUGUUGCCAAUGCCUUCUGCGCGCUCGAGGCUGGUGCGACCCACAUUGACACAUCCGUCCUCGGUAUCGGAGAGCGGAACGGUAUCACUGUGAGUAUACAUCGCUUAGACCAAUGUAUGAUACUCGAAUGAGGCUAACUGACAAUCUCCAUCUUGUAUCUCCUGCGAAUCAGACGCUCGGUGGCCUUAUCGCGCGCAUGUACGUCGUCGACCCCGAAUACGUCAAGAGCAAGUACAACUUGCCGAUGUUGCGAGAAGUCGAGAACCUCGUCGCGGACGCUGUGCAAAUCUCGGUCCCUUUCAACAACCCCAUCACCGGGUUCUGCGCGUUCACGCACAAGGCCGGUAUUCACGCCAAGGCGAUCCUCGCGAACCCGUCGACGUACGAGAUCCUCAAGCCCGAGGACUUCGGCAUGUCGCGGUACAUCGAUAUUGGUUCUCGAUUGACGGGCUGGAAUGCGGUCAAGAGCCGUGUCGAACAACUCGGAUUGGUGCUCUCGGACGACCAAGUCAAGGACGUGACGGCCAAGAUCAAGGAGUUGGCCGACGUGCGAACACAGUCGAUGGACGACGUCGACACCGUCCUGCGCGUGUACCACCGAGGCGUGACUUCCGGAGCGCUCAAGUUGAGGCAACCGCAGGUGUUUGACGAGUUGUUGGCCGAGCACAAGAGCGAGGUCUCGUCCGAUGCUGAGGACACCCCGGCGCCGAACAAGGUCGCUGCCAACGGUCACUAG